AACUUGUCUUUUACAGAACUGCAUUGUUUUGGAUGGAGAACGUAACUAUGGUAACUCCUCUCAAACAGCCUAUUGUGUUCGAGCUGGAGGGCUUCUACGUACCACGAGGCUACGGCGCCUUCCUGUUCUUCCUGGCUCUGCUUCACUACAUGGUAGUGCUGUUGGCGAAUGGCGUGGUGCUGUGCGUCAUUGUCAUGGAUAAGAAGCUGCACAGACCCAUGUUUGUAAUGGUUUGUAAUCUGGUAGUCUGUAAUCUGAUGGGCGCUACGGCGGUGGUGCCUCGCCUCAUGAUACACUUCUUGACGGGCCAGAAGAAGAUCGCCUACAUCCCGGCCAUCGCCCAGGGCUUCUUUGUGCACACGUAUGGCUUCGCAGCGCAGACAAUUCUGGUUGUGAUGGCCUAUGACAGGUAUCGAAACGCAUCAGCACAUCGAGAGAAUUAGUCCCUGAUUCAAGUCUUUCACUGUGAUGCAUAAAUGGUAGAGACUGACUGAGAAGGCAUCUCAAAUUCUCAUUUUACAGACCAGGCUGAUGUUUUUGGUGCUGUUGUUUUGUUACUGGGGUUAUAUAAAGGGUUAUCAAUGGGUUAUGGGCAUGCAGACCGGGAACAUCCCACAAGAGCUGCA